CUUCUUCUAAUUCUCAAUCUCCAAACAUCCCCAUUUAAUUCUCUCUUUCUUUUUUCCAUUCCCAUUUUCCAUGGAAGAAGAAUUCCAAGAAUCCGAGGUGAUUUUCCCGGAAAAUGCAGAAAGCAGUAACGAUGUGCACAACUUCGAUUCGAAUUCAUGUGAACUGAGUAAGAACAAGCCCAAGAGAAAGAAGCAAAAGAAGAGGAAUUCACUUCCGGUGAAUAUCCCUGACGCUUUUGCUGGGAAUUCGUGGUUUCAGUGCGUGGAAUCGGACUUCUUCGAUGGCGAUGACGGAGAGCUGAUUCCACCUCACCUCAUCCUCGGCCGGAGAAUCGCCGGGAAAAUGGCGUUCUCGGUGUGCACCGGAAAUGGGGGGACUCUGAAAGGAAGGGACUUGAGCCAAGUGAGGAAUUCAAUUCUGAGGAUGACUGGUUUCCUCGAAGCGUGACACCUCGACACACAAACCAGCAAAGGAAGGGACAUGAAAGGAAAAUGUUUUCCGUUCAUUCUACAUGAUUUUUUUUAUUUAUAAUCUUAUACAUAGUCUCUCUGAUUUCCCUCAUUUGUUGUAACAGAAAACAAAAUUGGAAUUUGAAAUUAAAUUGUUUUUUUAUUUUUUUUCAUGAAUA